AUGAAGGUAACGUUGGAGUAUUGGAAGAAAGUGAUUUUGUGUUUAAUAGAGGAAAUGCAGCGCCCACGCCCACCAAGUACCAGUAACAAGCAAACACCUCAAAAAGCUGUUCGACUUCACGGACCCUCUGAACAAUCUGCAGAACGACUUUCAAAACCUUUCAAAUGUCCAGGACAGGCCAGGACUACGAUCACAUCUGACCGACCAAGUAGGAAGCGUCGCAAGGUGGACUACUCUGGUGCCGAUGGUACUGUUGAUGAUGACUAUAAUCGACCUUGGACCACCGAGGAGCGGCUCGCACUCGCGAAUCGCGAUGUCAACAAAUUUGGUGUAUUCAAGGUCAAAGACAAGGAAAUGACAAUCAAACAGCGCUUUGCGAUCCCUUUGAUGAACAAAACCUCCGGUGGAUAUGACCCUUCGAGACCCGCGCCGACCUUGGGAAUGCGACGAGGCGCUACUUUUGUUGUCAAGCCUCUACACGAUCCCAGUGGAGAGUUUGCUAUUGUUCUAUACGAUCCCACAGUCGAUGACAAACCUGUGAAGAAGACAAUAGCGACAGAAACCACGGCGGAAGAGCCGCCAAAAUUGGACGAACCGCUAGUUCAUAAAAGUUUGGCUGAUAUAUUGGGACUAAAGAAGCAAGUCGAAGACCGCCCCAAAGUUCCUGUUGUUAUUGAUCCAAGACUCUCAAAAAUCCUACGACCUCACCAGAUUGAGGGUGUCAAGUUCCUUUAUCGGUGUACCACCGGAAUGAUUGACGAGAAUGCAAAUGGAUGUAUCAUGGCAGACGAAAUGGGACUUGGAAAAACGCUUCAAUGCAUCUCCUUAAUGUGGACCCUUCUUAAGCAAUCACCAGAGGCCGGAAGGACUACUGUGCAAAAAUGUGUCAUAGCUUGUCCCUCAACUUUGGUCCGCAACUGGGCCAAUGAGCUAGUUAAAUGGUUGGGUCCUGAUGCCGUAACGCCGUUUGUGAUUGACGGCAAAGCCACCAAGGCCGAGCUAUCAAGUCAGCUAAAACAAUGGGCUAUCGCCUCCGGUCGCUCAAUUGUACGUCCUGUACUGAUAGUUUCGUAUGAAACGCUAAGGUUGAAUGUUGAAGAUCUCAAAGACACGCCCAUUGGGUUGUUACUUUGCGAUGAAGGCCACAGAUUGAAAAACAAAGAGAGCUUAACCUGGAAAGAACUCAACAGUCUGAAUGUCAGUCGCCGCGUCAUUCUUUCCGGCACUCCCAUUCAAAAUGAUCUUUCGGAGUACUUUGCUCUUGUCCACUUUGCGAACCCGAAUUUGCUGGGAUCACAGAAUGAAUUCAGAAAGAAAUUUGAAAUUCCCAUUUUGAGAGGCCGAGACGCUGCAGCAAGUGAUGAAGACAGGAAGAAAGGAGAUGAACGCUUAUCAGAACUAUCAGCUAUUGUCAACAAAUUCAUUAUCCGGCGAACGAACGACAUUCUUUCCAAAUAUCUACCAAUUAAAUACGAGCAUGUGGUAUUUUGCAACCUUAGCGAGUUUCAGUUGAAUUUGUACAAUCAUUUUUUGAGCAGUCCGGAGAUCCGGAGUCUUCUGCGAGGAAAGGGCAGUCAGCCGCUCAAAGCUAUUGGACUUUUGAAGAAAUUGUGUAACCACCCGGACCUUCUCGAUCUUGCAAGGGAUUUACCUGGAUGCGAGCAAUAUUUUCCAGACGAUUAUGUCCCUCCAGACGGCAGAGGCCGUGAUCGUGAUAUCAAAUCUUGGUACUCAGGCAAAAUGAUGGUGCUUGACCGUAUGCUGGCACGAAUACGUCAGGAUACGAACGAUAAAAUUGUUUUGAUCAGUAACUAUACACAGACUCUUGAUCUUUUUGAGAAACUAUGCCGCUCUCGUGCAUAUGGUUGCUUACGAUUGGACGGAACGAUGAAUGUGAAUAAACGACAAAAGUUGGUGGACAAAUUCAACGACCCGAACGGUGAAGAAUUCAUCUUCUUACUAAGCAGCAAGGCUGGUGGUUGUGGUAUCAACUUGAUUGGAGCGAACAGAUUGGUUCUUUUUGACCCAGAUUGGAACCCAGCAGCUGACCAACAGGCUCUAGCCCGUGUCUGGCGUGAUGGCCAGAAGAAGGACUGUUUUGUUUAUAGAUUUAUUGCGACGGGGUCUAUUGAGGAGAAGAUCUUUCAGAGACAGUCGCACAAGCAAUCUUUAUCUUCCUGUGUCGUUGAUUCAGCCGAGGACGUUGAGCGACACUUCUCUCUGGAUUCGCUCCGAGAGCUAUUUCAGUUUAAGCCAGACACCCGCAGUGAUACUCACGACACAUUCAAAUGCAAGAGAUGUAGGCCGGAUGGAACCCAACACAUCAAAGCGCCAGCCAUACUGUAUGGUGAUACGAGCACUUGGAACCAUUUUGUCAAUGAUGGAGAGAAAGGGCCAUUGGGCAAGAUACAGGAUUUACUUUUGAGGCAAGAGACGACCGAGAAAGAUGUUUCUGCUGUGUUCCAGUUUAUCAGCAGUUAA